ACUCCUCCCAAUUUUUCCACCAUCUCGACUUGUCCUAUUACUUUUGUAAUUAACCAAACCUUGGCUUUUUUCCCGAAAUUUUUUUUCUUUUCUGAUUAUAUAUUUGAGUGAAAGACGAACAAUGGACAGAAGAAUCUCAAUGUGGGCCAUAACCCAAGAUGUUUCCACAGCUGUCAUUGCCAACCUUAAAGAUACGGGUGGAACCGGUAGCAUACAUAGUAAAAAUGGAAUCCCAAGAGCGACAAUCGAGAAAUUACCAGAUAAAGUACUCCUGAAGAUCUUUUCUUAUUUGCCCCAUCGAGAAAUCAGUCGCAUCGCUCGAGUAAAUAAAAAAUGGAGAGUUAUUUCCAGCGAUUCUCGUCUUUGGACUCAAGUGUCGUUAAGACCAGAAAUUUCUGGUCUUCACGUCUCCAACAUCGAGUCAUUAUUGGCUUUAAUCUCUGUCAGAUUCGGUCCCAAUCUACGAUACAUCGAACUACCCAUUGAAUUGAUAACGCACACAGUCCUACACGAAUUGGCCAACAAAUGCCCGAAUUUGACCCAGAUGUUGUUGGAUUUCUCCACUGCCAUGCAGCUUCACGAUUUUAGCGAUUUACAAACGUUUCCUACCAAAUUACGAUCGAUGUGUAUUUGUCUAUCCGAGGUUAUUUUUAUGGAGGGAUUUAUGAGAAAAAUUUACAACUUUAUCAACGGUUUGGAAGUAUUACAUUUAAUUGGAACUUACGAAAAAGUAGCAGAAGAAGAAGAAGAAAUUUACGAAGUAAUUAACAUUCACAAAUUGAAGAGUGCAGUUCCUAAUCUACGAGUAGUCAAUCUAUUUGGCAUCAUUUUCGUUGAUGACAGCCACGUCGAAGCUUUUAGCAGUAAUUGUAUCCAGCUGGAAUGCUUGGCCAUUAACUAUUGUAGCAAAGUAGAAGGAAGUACCCUUAAAGUGCUCAUGUCAAGAUGUAAAAAAUUAAAAUGUCUUCUUAUGCAACAAACCUGUUUGAAAAGUGAGAAUGUAAUGGCAGUAGAAUGGGAGAAGACAAACUUGCAAGAGUUAGAUAUAACUGCUACCGAUCUAUCAACAGAGUGCCUUAUAGAUUUAUUAGUGAGAAUACCUGCAUUGAGAUACCUGAGUGCUGGACAACAAGAUGCAUUCACCGAUCAGGUGUUGAAAGAAUACAUGGAAAAAGGAAAUUUUAAGAGUUUAGUUUCCCUCGAUUUGGAUAAAAAUGAAAAUGUAUCAGAAGAAGCACUUUUGAAACUCAUUAAAAUCCAGGGACCAAUGUUGAGGGGUCUUUGUCUUUCUGGGUUGCCUCAUCUAACUGAAGCCUUUUGGAAUGUCAUUUUACCUUUAAUGCCUCAUACUAAAAUUCUGGUUAUGGGUAUGCCAGAAGGUUGCUGUCAAAAAUGCCAAACAAAGAUUCACGUAGAUUCUUUAGUUGAUUCCAUUGCUAAUAAUUGUAGCAAGAUAGAGAGACUCGAGAUGACUUGGGAUCCUACAACCCUUCGAUUCAGUGACCGAAGUGCCAAAGCUAUAGAUUCUAUUCGUGUAAAAUGUCUGCGAUUGAAAUGUUGGGUUCUUAGUGAUGGAAAAUAUUGCGAAUUGGUUAAAUCCAAUUUUGAAAGAGCGGACAGACAUACCGUAGUCAGAACCACCACCAAUUGCCACGUGACGUUAGCUUAUCUCCUCACCCAUUACAAAGAUUUAAUUUUUAACUGAUUAUAUUUCUUCAUUUUCUUUGUAAAUGUAUCCUUUUAUUUUAGAAAAAAAAAUAUUAAUAAAUAUUUGUUAAUACCAUCGUUUACAUUAACUAUAAUACUUUAAAUUCAAAAAUGCAUGUUAGUUACUGUAAAAUCUAUUCCAAAGUUACUAGUUACAUGUGUAAACAAAUUAAUGUUAUAAUUAGGUUUUGUAUUUCCACAGACAUAAGUAACAAUAGAAAUUUUAAAGGUAAACCUAGGCUUUUCGGGCCUCAGAUACGUACAGUAUUCCAAAGACACCAACAUACAAUACCUCACAACUAAUUACAAGUGGAAGAAUAUAUUUAAAAAAAAAAAGAUGUUUUAUGUUGCAAGGGCCUCGUGGGCCAUGCUGAGCCAACAAUGUGGUAAAACG